AUGGCACUAACCCAAAAGUGGGUCAUCUAUCACUAUGAUGCUUAUUAUGCUGCCAAGGAUGUUGGUCAGCAACAAUACAUUAUGAAUUCGUGCAGAACUCCACUACAGGAGAACUACGUAACCAAUGGCAAGAAUGGCGCUGGUGGGCUUCGAGUCCACAGUGAUACCGUACCAUCACGAAAUAAUGGGAUAUCGAGUCUCCGUAGAAUUACAAGUCAUAUUUUCUCAUCCAUGCCGAGGACAGUACCCAGAACAAGACAUGCUGAGCCGCUGAAUCGCACAGUAGAGGACCGAGGAACACGGAGAAAGUGCGAUUUGGAGUCGAAACUCUGUGUUGAUUUGGGGUCGAAACUCUCUGUUUCUUCCCGGAUAAAGGGGUGUCACGGUGUAAGGUUUCCUUGCGCACAGGCGCUGGGGCGCCGUGGGAUGGCAUUCCACCCUGGCAGAGAGCUGCACCUUCUUUGGGCUCUGCGCAAAAUACCCGAACAAAACGGGUCAGGCCAAGCAUCACCCGGCGACACAGACCAACUGACUGGGCACCUGCCGGAUCCAGAGUGUGUCGCCGGGCCAGCACAGACAAAACGGCACAAAGUCAAAUGCAAGCAGGUUCCACGGCCGAUCGCGGAUUUACUCCGAGCCGCGAAAGAAUGGCAGCCACCUUCAUCAUCACAAUAG